AUGACAGCCAUCACUGACUCUCAAAUCUUCGGCAAUGUCUUCUCCACGCCGGAGAUAGCGAAGAUCUGGUCUGACCGCCAGCGAACUCAAUAUUAUCUCGACUUUGAAGCCGCAUUGGCAAAAGCACAAGCGGAACUGGGCAUUAUUCCACAAAAAGCAUGCGAUGAGAUUGUCAAGCAUUGCACUUUGGAUCAAUUGGAUUUUGAUCUUUUGAGGCAGCAGACGGAAUUGAUCGGCUAUCCGGUCUUGCCGGUGGUUCAGCAGCUGGUCAAGAAGAUCAAUGCGGUGGAAGAUCGGCUGGGAGAAUGGAUUCAUUGGGGGACUACGACGCAGGACCUCACCGACACAGCCACAGUCCUCCAACUCCGAGACACCAUCGUCCUCCUCGAGAAGUCCCUCGACACCAUCGCCAACGCUCUAACCAAGCUCUGCAAAGACCACAAAACCACCCCAAUGGCCGCCCGCAGCAACCUCCAACAAGCGGUCCCCAUCUCCUUCGGCUUCAAAAUGGCCCGUCUCCUCGCAACUUUCAACCGCCACCGUCACCGCCUCCUCGAACUCAAACCCCGUCUCCUCGUCCUCGAAUUCUCCGGCGCAGCAGGGACCCUCGCGACCAUCACGCCUUCCACAUCCUACUCCCCCGCUGCGGAAACAUCCACCCCUCUCGCUCUCCAAUGCCAAACUCUCCUCGCCAGACACCUCGACCUCGCCGUUCCCAGUAUAGCCUGGCACACCGAACGCGACACCUUCGCCGAGUUCUCCACUUUCCUCUCCCUCCUCACCGCCACCUGCGCGAAAUUCGCAACGGAUUUGAAAUUGAUGAUGCAAUCCGAAGUCAACGAAGCGCGGGAACCGUACGUCGCUCACCGCGGCUCCUCGUCCACCAUGCCGCAAAAGCGAAAUCCAAUCGGAUGCGCGUACAUCUGCUCCAUGGCGAGUUCAGUCCGUGCCAUGUCCGGCGGGAUGGUAGAAGCCAUGGUCGCGGACCACGAGCGGAGUACCGGACCGUGGGAAAUCGAGUGGGUCAUGUUACCGCAACUUUGCGCGCUGAGCGUGGCGUGUUUGAAGCAAACGGGAACACUGUUGGAAGGGUUGGAAGUGGACGUCGAGGGGAUGGCGAGGAAUUUGGAGAUUAGCAAAGGUGCGAUUGUGAGUGAGGCGGUGAUGAUGGGGUUGGGGAAGAAAGUGGGACGGCAGUAUGCGCAUGAUUUGGUGUAUGGGUUGUGUCGACGGGCGCAGGUGGAGGGGAGGGCGUUGGUGGAGUUGUUGAGGGAGGAUGAGGAGGUGAAGAAGGUGGAGUUGGAAGAGGGGGAGUUGGAGAGGUUGUGUGAUCCGGGGAAUUAUUUGGGGUUGAGUGGGGUUAUGGUUGAGAUGGUGCUGGAGGAGACGGACAAGUAG